AUGCUCAGGAAAGACGGGUUGACAGCGAAUCCCAAGAAAUGCAAGCUGGUGUUCGAGGAAGUGGAGUGGACUGGGGAAUUUGAUCGGACGGGGGAACGUCAAGCCCAGGAGAGGAAGGUCCAGGUGGUUCGUGACUGGCCCGUUCCCCACACCAAGACACAGGUCAAGUCCUUCCUGGGGCUGGCGGGAUACUAUAGCCGGUUUAUCCCCAACUUUGCGGCUAUAGCUUCCCCCCUUACCGAUCUGACCAGGGCCCGCCUCUCAAAAACAGUGAAGUGGUUGGAUGAGGCCGAAGCGGCGUUCAGGCGCCUGAAGGAAGCCCAGUGCUCCCAUCCGAUUCUCGUGACGCCCGAUUUCCAGGUACCGAUGCUGGUGCAGAUGGAUGCCUAUGACACGGGACUAGGGGCCGUCCUGUCACAGGUACAUGAUGAGGAAGAACACAAUGAACCAUAA